ACAGUCGUUCUCAGUUGCUAGCAGUUAUCACCGUCAUUAUAUCGCACUAAUCUUGGUCGAUCGUCGUCUAGCGUAUGAGCGUAUGUUGUCUAAUUAGUUGCUCCGAUACUGUUUCGUAAUCGCGCGAGGGUACGGUGUUUGUUAAGACUCGAAAAUGACAUCCCGUCUGGAAAAGGAGCGCGCUAAGCAAAUACAAGAGAAAUGUCAAAAUUUAUUGACGGAAAUGCUCCGCGAUGAGGACAACAAGUACUGCGUUGAUUGCGACGCGAAAGGACCAAGAUGGGCUAGCUGGAAUUUGGGAAUUUUUUUAUGUAUUCGAUGUGCUGGCAUACAUAGAAAUCUUGGGGUUCACAUAAGCAAAGUCAAGUCUGUUAAUCUGGACACAUGGACACCAGAACAAGUAGUGAGUUUACAACAAAUGGGUAAUUCUCGGGCCAGAGCAGUCUAUGAAGCAAACCUUCCAGAUAGUUUUCGAAGACCUCAAACAGAUUGUAGUCUUGAAAGUUUCAUCCGUGCAAAAUAUGAACACAAAAAGUAUAUAGCCAGAGAAUGGGUGCCACCUCCUUUACCAAAAGUAAAUUGGGAUAAAGAACUUGAUGAGGAAGCUGAGAGGCAACGUAGACGAAAAAAAGAUAGCUCCAAAGGAGCUACCAAUCAGAAUGUACUUCCACCUAUAAAAAAACCAGAAGUAGUGCCUCAACUGCCAAAACCUCGGUCUGUCAACUUUAGCCCUAAGCUGGAUAGAACAAGCAAUUCUGCAACUUUGGAUCUUUUGGGUCUUGAUGCACCAACAGCUAACCAGACAAAUAUAAAUGGUUCUGGUGAUGACAUAUUUUCAUCCUUCUUGUCUGCACCACCUGCUUCAGUAGUAACAUCUGGAAAUGAUGCUUCUGAUGCAAAUACAGCUGUUGUCACAAGUAAAAAUGAAGAAGAAAGUUUCUUUGACCAAACGUCUCUUAGGUCAGUACCUCAGGAAAAAAAUAAAAUGACAAAGGACAGUAUUUUAGCAUUGUAUGGCACACCGAAUCACCAAUCAACAAUUUAUGGUGUCCCAGGGCCAGUAUAUCCUCAUUCUAUACCAUAUAAACAACAGAUGACGAAUGUGGGUGCAUUCGGACAACAAAGUUCCUUGGCUCAACUUGGCCAACUUCCAACACAAAUAUCAGUUACGAACCCAAUACCCAUAAAUCAAAAUUCACUUAUAGCAAAUUCUAGUUCGAUAGGUGCGGUAACAGCUAAUCCUUUAAGCAAUUGCUUACAUAUGGGACAAAUGAAUCAAAUGAAUGGUGUACCAAAUGCUGCUGUUACAAUGCCACCUCAAAUGAUGAUGCAGUUAGGACAAAGUAAUAUCGCUAGUAAUAACGGAUGGAGUGGCAUGUUAACUCAGAAUCUCCAACCAGCUCCUGGUAGUAACCCAUUCUUCAACUUAACAGCACAGCAACAACAAACUGCUACAUUCGCUGCUCAAUUGCCGCAACAAAUGUCGCAGAUAUCUCUGGGUGACAUGAACUUUGUCACUACAACGGGUAAACCUGCCUCUGCCACGUUACCAGGACAGACUCUUUCUACUAACUUGUGGCAGUAAAAAAAUAUUACGGAUAUUGUUAGCCUGUUGAUUAUUUCAUUCAGUGUUGCGUACUAGUGUCGACAGUUCAUUAUUCAACGUAAUAAUAUUUCUAUGCCUAUUCGGGAUGUCAUUUUCGAAAGUAAUGGAACGGAAGAUGAUAAAUAUGAAUUAGAAAAAUGGAAAACAAAAUCCACUCGAAUGUUACCUCAUACGAAAUAAUUCGUGAAUGUGUAUAGUGCUUCGAGUUGGUAGAUAUUUUUCUUGAGAGGUUCUCGUCAGCUUUCUUGUUGUUGGACAAGAGAAACGGGAGGAGAGAAUAAAAUGUGUUUCUGUAAAGUUUCUGGCGAAUCGUAAGGAGUUAUUCGUAAAACUAAAUAUAUACCUUAAGGUAUAUAUUUACUAAAUAUAUACCAUUAUGUUGCUACAAUAUGAGCUUUUGUAAUUGCGAUUAAAAUAUGUGCCAGGGUCCACUUUCAGCGUAAUGACGUGUUCACUCAAUAAUGGAAAGCGGUAUGAUUUCAAGGGAUUCAGAUUUCGACACUGUAGACAAACAAUAACAUAUUCUAUACUUUUUAUCUGCUUUGGCCAUGAUAAAUGAUAACGUGACAACUGGCGCGUUUGUACAUUUUCUUGCAUCAACUGUAAUAAUUCUCUUGCAUUUAUAUUGAAAAUCGAAUUAAUUGAAAUCAUACCGAUUUCAAUCUCUAAUUCAAGUAGGAAAUACAUAUACAUAUAUGGACAAGUUUCGUCAGAAAUGUAAAAAGACUUGGAUUUCGAACUUAUU